UCGAUCAAGAUGUAUUGCAGGCCUGCCUGCGUUUCCGAUUUCUUCUCCCUGGCGGGGUCUAACCAGGCGCCUGUGGUGCUGUAGAUGAACAAAGUUUAACACAGUCAAGCUGCCAAUUCCUCUCCUCUGUUGCAAAGAGGAAAGGGGGGAAGAAGAGAUAUGACGGAAUACGAUGAUCGCAGCUGUGCGUCAAAUAUGUAUUUACCGAGCUGUACUUAUUAUGUUUCGUCGCCCGAUUUUACAUCAGUCUCCUCCUUUUUACCGCAGACUACUUCGUGUCAGAUAAAUUUCCCUUAUUCUUCCAACAUAGCCCAAAUCCAACCUGUCCGAGAAGUCGCUUUCAGGGAUUAUGGACUGGACCAUCCGAGCAAAUGGCACUACAGGGGCAAUUACGCGUCUUACUACUCGACAGACGAGAUAAUGCACCGGGACUUGAUCCAGUCCUCGGGCAGCAGGGCGGAUGUGUUUUCAAAAAACGACUCCUUGUACGGCCACCACGGGGGCACCAGCUCGCCGUGUAAUUUCUUCAACGGUGUCGGCCGUACCGGGGUUCUCCCCCAGGUCUUCGACCAGUUUUUGGAAACUGCUAAAACGGACAAGCCCAACGCGGAGCUGCCUGGACAAAAGACAGACUCUGCUGCUGCUGCUGCUGCUGCUGCUGAAGAUGCUGCGAAUAACAAUCAGGAUCUAACCAAACUGGAGCAGGACAAAGCUGAGCAAAGCGCUGACGAGGACUCAUCCUCCAACUGCGGCGACAAGCACAACCAACAGAGUUCAUCAACCAAGUCCAGAAAGAAGAGGUGUCCUUACACCAAAUACCAGCUCCGAGAACUUGAACGAGAGUUUUUCUUCAACGUGUACAUUAACAAAGAGAAGCGGCUCCAGCUGUCCAGGAUGUUAAACCUGUCCGAUCGGCAGGUGAAGAUUUGGUUUCAGAACAGAAGAAUGAAAGAGAAAAAGCUCAAUCGCGACCGCCUACAGUAUUUUACUGGGAAUCCCUUAUUCUGAUACCUGACACACACACACACACACACACACACACACACACACACACACACACACACACACACACACACACACACACACACACACACACACACACACACACACACACACACACACACACACACACA